CUGGUUUUUCAGUCAGAUUCUCUCAGACACACCAGAAUGAGGCUUAUUCUGCUGCUAGGACUGCUUACCUUCACAUAUGCAGCUGAAGAGUCUUGCAUUGAGCGGUGUGAAAAUGGUUUCGACGCCACCAAGAACUGUCAGUGUGACUCCAUGUGUACUUACUACAAGAGCUGUUGCAAAGACUAUGAGUCCACUUGUCGUAUUUUAACUCGUGGAGACACCUUUCCCUUUUAUCCUGAAGAUGAUGAAGAGGAAUCAAACAGCACAGAGGAGUCCAUCAGAUCCAGAUCACAGCACAACAUGAUGACCCCAUCUCCAGCAACCUUUGCAGAAAUAUUAAGCCUAUUAACAACAACUACGCAUGUCUUGGACUCAAAGCCAGAUGAUAAGACAAAACCAGUGAUUGCCACUGCUGCCACUCCAACUUCUAGAUUAACCUCCAUUAAGACUUUAACCCCAACCAAAACUGAAAACCCCACCCCAACAAAGGCUAAAGACCCUGAUGCUGAAGUCUGCAGUGGUAGACCCUUUGACUCCUUCAUGCAGCUUAAAAACGGCUCUAUCUACGCCUUCAGGGGAGAAUAUUUUUUUGAGCUUGAUGAGAAAUCAGUGUUGCCCGGGUACCCAAAGCUCAUCCAAGACAUCUGGGGAAUUAAAGGUCCAAUAGAUGCUGCUUUCACUCGCAUAAACUGCCAAGGAAAGACAUACAUCUUUAAAGGUAACAAAUACUGGAGGUUUGAUGAGGGUGUAUUAGAUGAGGACUUCCCACGAAAUAUUUCUGUAGGAUUUGAGAAGAUACCAGACAAUCUGGAUGCUGCCUUUGCCAUUCCUGCUCAUAGCCACCAUGGGAAAGAGAGGGUUUAUUUUUUUAAAGGAGACCAAUAUUACCAGUAUGAUUUCAGGCACCAGCCAUCGCAUAGGGAGUGCAUUCAAUUGUCAUUGAGAUCUCCUUCAGCACUCUUCAGAAGAUACACUAACAUUUAUAAUGACAGAUGGUUUGAACACUUCAACCAGCUCUUCGGUGGAGCCCUAAAUCAUCACGGUGACCAUCACUUCAUCAACAAAGACUGGAUUGGCAUCAAAUCUCCUGUGGAUGCUGUGCUGGCUGGCAGACUCUAUGUCACUCCAAGAUGGCCCAGCAGGAGGCACCAGGACAGGCGGGAUUACCGGCGGAACUGGGACCAGCAGUGGGAUCAAGAAUGGGGCUCCAGACGCAGACAGAAUAGAUCUCCAUACUGGGAGACUAUGGCUGAGAGAGGCAUCGGCAUUGGACAGGAGUUCACUCAGAGGUUUGGCCAGGACAGGUGGAGAGACCAGGACAGACGCAGAGAUGAUUAUCGUAGGAGGAAUGACGAUGAUUAUAACUACAGGUACAACCCUUCUGAAGACAUAGCCUAUGACAUACUGCGCAGGAGCCAGCCCUUACAAAGCGUCUACUUCUUCCAAGGAGAUCAUUACUAUCGAGUAGAUCUGCGAACCAAGCAAGUUGACUAUGCAAACCCUCCAUACCCGAGACCUAUUGGCAAAUACUGGCUUGGCUGCAAAGACACACCAGGGGCAGAAAAAAGAUGAGUCUGACUGCAAAAGACUGGCAUUUAUUAGUAUUUAUCAUGUCAUAAGACGAGCAUUUGUGUGGUCUAAAAAAGGCAUCAGCACAACUGUGAUUCUGUUGUAUGUAAUCACAGCCAUGCUGAUAUUUUGUCAUUUCUUUCUUUUGUUUUUUUCACCAUUCAGUUUAUGUGGAUUAUGUUAUCAGGAAAUGAAAACAUAUUUAAUGGAUGGACCAAAGAGAUCCAUUUGGAUAGCCACACGAUCUACACGGUCCAAUUUGAAAUCAAUGACUGUGUGUGUUUUUACCUCAGGACCAGGUCAAUGUUACAGUUAGCAGCACAAUCAAUGGGGACAAAGUUCAGCUUGUAACCUGUAUUCCUGAUUGUUGCAUUGAUUAGUUCUCUGUUGUCACCAUGUUAUUCCAUAAAUAUAUCAUCUGAACUAGGCCUAUACAGAUGUGGGGACAUUGAGAAUUAUUCAUUUUUAUUGAGGACUUGCAUGAAGCAAUUUAAUUGUGUUCUGUACUGAGGGUUACAAAAGAAGGCAAACUGCUCAGGCUACAGCCAUAAUCUUUACCUCUUUUACUUAGGAACAGUAAUGCAUUUAAUAAAAAAUCAGUAAUUCUUUUUCAUGUGUUAAUUCAUCAUUCCUUUUCAAAGCACAUCAUAUUAAAGGUGCUUUAAAAAUACAAUUUUGAUGAAAUGACAUGAAGAACAUGUCCUAUUACCUGUCUUAUCAGACAUAGGUGCCAUGAAAUAUCACACCAGUCUUUGUUACACUAGGGCUAGGCUAUGUACUGUAAACAGCGGGCCAUGGCCAGAACAAUUUGAGCCAUUUCUGCCUGCUAAUAAUUCUGUGCGUUAACAGGGCAGCGCAUAUGGGCAGCAGGAAGUUUCUUGUUUUAUGGAUGUCUAUGGGGGGGAUGCUUCAGUGCGUUGAAAUAGCUCAUCCCAUUAUGAAUUUGCCACCUGUCUGCUAAUCUUCAAGAUGUUUUACACCUUGUAAAUUUUUUGCAUCAGGUAGGUUCCAGUGUCUGUAAAUGAAGACUUACUGUCACAACAUAGUUGACCAUUAUGCUCUCAACUAUGGUAAAAGUGCUGAGGUUCUUUUAUCUCAGUAAAUAAAAGCAUUUCUGCUGUUAGUUUGUGUGAGAACACUAUGUUACUACCUUUGCUUUGAUAACUAACAUCAAAGUAGGGCUACUUGUACAUGGUCAAGCAACCAAGUAGCUUGCACACAUUAAAUUACUUUCAUGUUUACUUUAUUUUACUUAUUUUACCUGUGACACUGAGCUGCUCUUCUGCACCAUCUCUUAUUGCAACAGUCUCCAAGCAUUUUAAAGGAAUAGUUCACCUAAAAAUGAAAAUUCUCUCUUCAUUUGCCUCAUGCCAUCCCAGAUGUGUUUGACUUUCUUCUGCAGAACACAUAUUUUGGAAGAAUAUUUAAGCUCUGUAGGUUCGUACAAUGCAAGUGAUGUUGAUGCUCCAAAACGCACAUAAAGGAAGCAUCAAAUUAAUCCAUCAGAAUCCAGUGGUUAAAUCCAUAUUUUUAGAUGGUGAGAAACAGAUCACUAUUUAAGUCAAUUUUUGCUAGAAUGUAUUAUCCCUGCCCUAUAGGGGGCAUAUGCAUGAAGAAUGUGAAAGUUAAAGUGGAGAUUGACUGAGCAGGGAGGAGAAUUAAUAGUAAAAAUGGACUGAAACAUUGAUCUGUUUCUCACCCACACCUAUCAAAUCACUUCUGAAGACAUGGAUUUAACCACUGGAGUCAUAUGGAUUACUUUUCUGCUAACCUAUGAAUUUUUGAAGGGUUAAAAAUUUUGGCACCCAUUCUCUUGCAUUGUAUGGCCCAAAAGAGCUGAGAAAUUGUACUAUAUCUCUAAUGGCGGUUUGGAGCUCCAGCCCCUUUUUGAAGAACUGACUGCAGCUAUAUCCUUUUCAAGUAUCUUGCCCUGUGUGAGGGCGGUGAUUUGGAAAGAGAGGGUGUGUCUAAUUCAUCGGCUGGGAUCCCUUGCAUAGCAUCUCUUGGUCCAGUACAUUGGCAGUAGAAAUAACUGCCUUUACAAAAAAUCUUUCUCACUUAAAUUGAAACUCUUUGAUUUAUAUUCAGCACCAUGUCUUUUAUAACUGUAUAAUUUCUUUUGAAAGUUAUUAACAGAAAUGUAAGUCCAAAAAGUCAAAAGUGUUUUUUUUUUACCUUCAGCACUGUAAAAUGGUGUUUCUUAACUGCUUUGCUGUCAACAAUGUCCUAAUACAUUUCCUGUCUAUGUUUUGGCAUGAUUCGUCUGUUCAAUGUGGUUGAUUGCUCUCUCCAAAGAAAAUAUGGCACCU